AGGACACAGUUAUAUGAACUAAUACGAUGGACAGGAUUAGAAUACGACAAUACGUGGGAAAUUCGUUAUCUGAUGAACCGCACAGCCGCAGAGCAUUGCGGGCAUUUUAUUCCGGUUCCUGCGGCAGUAUAUAGCGCUGAUAUUUUGCGUAGAAAUCUCCCCGAGGAUAAUCGAGUACCGACGUAUGUCGAAUCCAUUGCCUGCUGGAAGGUUAUGGGCGAGUAAGCCUAUUGACCGACAACAGAGAGUGUAUCAAAUGAAAGCCAGCAUAAACCAAAGGCUCAUAGAAAGCGGAGAGCGAGAUCGGUUAAAGGAGUUGCUGAGGACGAGACUAAUAGAAUGCGGUUGGAAGGACCAGUUGAAAGCAUACUGCAAAGAAAUCAUCAGAGAAAAGGGCGUAGAAAACGUGUCUGUCGAUGACCUUAUUGCAGCAGUCACCCCUAGAGGAAGAGCUACUGUGCCAGACAUCAUCAAACGUGAACUCCUUCACCAGAUCAAGAAUUUCCUAAUGGAUCAAGGAGGUAGUUGACUCCAUGGCUCAAGAUCGCCCACGUAAAAAUGCGCUUGAUUGCGCAACUUGUGGCUUAGGACAAGCCACGUCGGAAUGCGCUUGAUUGCGCUUCAUGCGCAGCUUUUAUCACAAGACUAAUGGAGAACAUUAUUCGUUGACGCAUGCGUGAAGCUGUAUGAUAAACUUACGUUUAUGUGAGGAUUGAGUGCUGUUUAUUAUGUUAAGUGUUUUAUAUGAACAAGAAUAAAAUUCAUAAAAAAUUUAUUCUGCCCAGACAGCGGGCAACACUGGUAAAAA